AUGGAAAAAGAAGAAACAUUAGAUUUGGAGGCUCAGCCUCUCAAUCCUGAAGGGAAUGGAGUUCAAGAACAGACCGAUUCUGAGCUUACUUUUUUUGCUAAAAUAAGACAGAUGUUCAAGAACGUAUCUGAUAUCAAGAUCCUGAAAUAUGAUGUUCCUUUCUUGAUUUUUCUGCUUUGGCUACUCUGUUUCAUCACAUAUACUAGUGUGUUACUCCAGGGGACAUGUAUGUUUUACAAAGAAUCGGAGUACAAUACUUCACUCACCUCGUCGAUGAAAAAAGACAUUAUUGCCAUGGAAAGUCUCAUGGAAGACCCGACAAAGAAGAUAUCCAGCUAUUUUCCGGACGAAUGGGUACAUGGAACAUACAAAGUUGAUCUCUUCGGAAUUUGCCGACAAAACGAUAAUUCGAAGGAGGUCUGCUACAAAGGAAAUCAUAUAGAGGAUCUCAUUCUUCAGGAUAUUGGCAUACAAAUUGCUGAGCAGAAUGGUAUGGAGAAUGUGGAGCUGUUCGGAGAAAACUUCCAAGUGAAGUACCGUGCUUUGCAAGAAAAUAUGGAACUGGAGUUGAAAAGAAGAAAAACAUGCAAACAUGGAGUCUGCACCUUUGAAGGUCUAAGUAAUGAAGAUAUCACACUGCUUCCUAAUACAGAAAGGCUGAUAGCUUGGCCAUAUUCUUUGGAAAUCAUAAUGAUGGUGCUUUCAGCAUUAACAGUUAUCGCCAUCCUCGUGAACUUAAGCAUGAACAACGACAAACUCAAGAUUGCGAUUGCUGUUGGUGUCAUUGUUCAUUUGCCUGUAUUUGUUUUCACGUCUAUAUGGAAACUUGCUUUGAUGGACCUGUUUCAAGUAUACUUCGAUAAUCGCAAUCAGGUAUCCCACGUCUUAUUUUCCGUGAUUGACAUAGCGAUAAGACCUAUUUUUUUUGUGACUGCAGUAAUGGCACUUGAUAAAAAGUACUAA